CAACUGAGUUCUCGUGUAGAUACUCAUUUACAAUAUAGAAAAACAACCAGCACGAAUGUUUGAACUGCUGCCUUCCUCAGUGUUCAGUUUUACUAGCCUUUUAAUCAGUUAGAGUGUGCAGUGUGAGUAUCUGGAAGUGGCAUGUAAAUGUGUGGCGAGUUUUGACAAAGUGUCAGUGUUUGCUGCAGUUUGAGUAUCUUCAGACCAGUGAAUAGAUUACUGGAGGAGAACACAGCAGGGCACUUUUUGCAUGUUUAAAGUGACAGCUUUACCUUCCUGUCAUGCACCGUUCAUACAUAUGAAAUCAUUAAAUUGUUUGUUUCAUAGGAAGUGUCACAUGAUGAAGUUAUGUGGUGGGUUACACUGAAGUAAGAGUAUGGGAACAGCAGUACCAGCCUGGCAUCAGUGCCUGUAACAGCUGAGAGGCAGGCAGAGCUGGUUCACUGUAUCACCAUAUCCUCCUCCUCCUCCUCCUCCUCCUCCUGAAAAAUUUGAAAUGUUAUUAGCUACUUAUAUACAUACAUGAAAAUUACAAAACAAAUGUAGUAGAAAUAUCAAUGUUAAAAUACAAGCCACAGGAAUAAACCUUGACGUGUCUAAACAUUGUAAUAUCAAAGUGAUAUGACAUUUAUACAUAUACAUUUACAGUUAUUACUUGCCAAUUCCACUCUUCCUUCUUUGAUUGUUACAUGUAACUUUAGGUUCUUAUUUUAUGUAACAGUGCUGCACUGAAUCACCUCUGACUCACCAACUUUAGUAUGAUCAGAAAAUGUAGACAGUUGUAUUGUCCCGUCUGUACUGUUUAAUUAAACCAACUAUAAGUCCGCUACAGGUAGAACGUACUGAGGCCAGAGACGAGUCUGUGCAGUGAAAGUGAUGUGAAAGUGAUUUGAAUGCAAUGAUUUGAAUAAGAGUAGCUACUGUAUGUCCACUCAUCAUUAUUGCACAGUCCAUCACUGGUGUGUUUGUGUGUGUGUGUGUGGUGCAGCCAUGAGCAAGACUGCAGGCUGCUGCCAGAGCUGUCUGCAUUAUGUGUUUGAUUAUGAAACACCAAAAACACUGGUUAUUCCAAGCAUACGGGUAGGAUGUGUCUUCAGGUUCACCCAGCUUCUGGUGGUGCUGUAUGUGGUGGGGUAUGUGUGUGUGGUGCAGAAGGCCUACCAGGAGACGGACUCUGUCAUCAGUACCGUCACCACCAAAGUGAAAGGUUUUGCCUUUACCAAUACAUCUGACAUGGACCCCCGAUUUUGGGAUGUGGCUGAUUAUGUUAUCCCACCUCAGGGUGAUCAUUCAUUCUUUGUGUUAACGAAUAUGGUUGUUACCCCCCUUCAAACUCAGUCCCGAUGUCCUGAGCUCCCAAACCCAUCAACUACUUGUGUGGAUGAUUGUGACUGUAUCGAGGGAUACAGUGAUCCUCGAGGAAACGGUAUACUGACGGGCCUGUGUGAGAACUAUUCGACGACUGUUCGGACCUGUGAAGUGCUCUCAUGGUGCCCUCUUGAAAUAGACACUAAGCUGCCUGAACAAGCACUGCUGGCUGCAGCAGAGAACUUCACUGUGCUGAUCAAGAACAGUGUAACAUACCCAAAGUUCAACUUGCACAGAAGGAACAUACUCCCACAUAUUAACUCCUCAUACCUGAAGAGGUGUGAAUUCAGUCGUACAACAGACCCUGACUGCCCCAUAUUCCGCCUCAAACACAUCGUUUCAGAGGCUGGAGAGGACUUUCAAGACAUGGCUGUGAAGGGUGGUAUCCUUGGCAUUAUUAUUGACUGGAGCUGUGACCUGGACUGGUGGGCAGGGAAGUGUUACCCUAAGUACAGCUUCCGCAGGCUGGACAACAAAAAUCCUGUCAAUAAUGUGGCCCCAGGAUACAACUUCAGGUUUGCAAAAUACUACAAGACCCCCGAUGGAGUGGAAACUAGAACCCUAAUCAAAGCAUACGGGAUCCGGUUUGACGUCAUUGUAUUUGGAACUGCAGGAAAAUUUGGAAUUGUACCGACCAUAGUGAACUUGGGUGCCGCAUUAUCAUUCCUCAGUUUGGUUCCGGUGGUUUCUGACUGGUUUAUGUUGACAUGCAUGAAAAAAAGAGAUCUUUACAGCAGACACAAAGUCACAUAUCUGAAUGAGGAUGCUGAAGCUGAACCCAUAUCAAUGGGCACCAGCUAUGGAACCCAGUAGCAUGGUCACAUCCACACGUGAACAGAGGAAUCUGAAUCUGCUCUAAAAUCAUUUACAUGAAAGCAGAUAUCUUCAACAUCAUAUGAGCUCUUCAAUAAAACUGGUUAAAUGUGUAAAUGUAAAGAA